AUGGCGUGGAAGACGGACGAGGGCUGGAGCGGCGCCCUCCACUCCUGCGACGCCAUGUCCAAGUGGCCGGACUCAGGUGAGCCGGACGAGACGGGAUUCGCACUGGCUCAUGGCGGCCAGGGCGUGUGGCCGUACUUGUCGGAGCGGCCGGACCGGCUGUGGCGUUUUGCGGACAUGAUGCGCUUGUUCUCUCGCAGGCCGGGCCUGGAAGCCCACCACGUUGUCAAAGGAUACCCUUGGGGUGACCUCCCUCACGGCGCAACAGUCGUCGAUGUGGGUGGUUCUCACGGUGUCUUUGCGUGUUCCAUCGCACGCGAGUUCCCGUCGCUGAACAUUGUUGUCCAGGAUCUUGACGAAGGUGUCAUCCCAAGUUCGGAGAAGCAGAGACCAGAAGAGCUCGCCGACCGAGUACACUACCAAGUUCACGACUUCAUGACCAAGCAGCCAGUGAGACACGCUGACGUGUAUUUCUUCCGGGCGAUAUUCCACAACUGGUCCCAUAAAUAUGCUAUAGAAAUGUUGCGGAACCUCGUGCCGGCCCUCAAGCCCGGAGCAAAGUUCGUCAUGGCGGAUAUCGUUAUCCCAAGCCCGGACAAAAUGCCAAAAUCACAGGAGGUUGCCUUGAGGACGGGCAUCGUCAGCAUGCAUUUGUUGUUCAACUCAGCAGAUCGGGAAUUGGAAGAGUGGGCAAAACUCUUUGCAGAAGCCGACCCUGGUUUUGACUUCAAGGGCCGAAGCCUGCCUCCUGAAGUCCGGGCUCAGGUUUGUGGAUUCUGGAGGCGGAAUGGAGAUAAAUCUGGAAACAGGGAUGCUUGGGGCGCUUUCAUAACGGUUCUGCCUGUAGGCAACUACAUCGUGAGCGACGUGCAACCGCGUGAUAAGUCCCUCCUGGUGUUUCCUGAAGCGCGUCUAUAG